AAGUCACAGAGGAAAAUGCAGCCUUUAUACCAGUCUGCUGGCUGGAUUCUCAUCACUCUGGGGGCUCUCAGUGUAUUCUCUGGAGUUAUUGCUUUCUUCCCAGUCUUUUCCUGCAAGUUUUGGUUCACAGGAUGGAGUGUCUGGAUUGCUUGUCCCAUCUGGAAUGGAGUUUUGGCCAUCACAACUGGUAUCCUCCUACUGUUGGCUCACAAAGAGUGGACACAGAGAUACCUGUGGGAAGCUAGUUUCACCUCUGUGAUUCUGAGCAUGAUGGGAUGCCCACUUCAUUUUACAGUAGCCUUGGUUUCUGCUCUCCUUGGCCCGUACUGCUUCUACUCACUUUCAGGGAUUGCAGGGAUCAAUUACCUUGGUUAUGCAGUUGCUUUUCCUUUUCCGUAUGCAAAAUUCCCAUCAGUCUGUGUGGACCCGCCACACUAUGAAGAGUACCACCUGACACUGCAAGCCCUCGACCUGUGCCUGAGCUUUGCCAUGUUCUGUGUGUCCCUGACGGCCUUCAUCACACUUUCUGCAAGACUUAUCCAGAAGGGACAUGUCAAUGGUCAAAAGAAUGGACAAUAAAUUUGAAGCAAUGUUCCUCUUAAAUUUGUCAUAUUUGUGACCAUUAUUUUGAAAUAUUUCUAAAAUUAUUUUGAUCUUUAAACUUUUUUCCUCUAUGUUCUUAUAACAUAAAAAUUGAAAUAAUUAUACAUUUUAGCCCUUUUGAUAGUUAACCUUUUUUCUGAUUUAUAUGCUAUGAUACAAAAAUUGAAAUUACAUCAUUGUUGUCAUAGAAUUUUAAAAUUUGAAAUAGAAAUGGAAUAAAUGUGGAUAAAUGUUUUAAGUUCCUCUUGUUCUUUGUGUGAUGUUCCGUUAAACUGUAAUUUCAUAUUAUCCAAAUUAAGGAAACGCUUUUCAGCCUUUCUUCAUUGCCAUUACGGAAGUGAUUCUAAAUCUUCAAAGCACAAUUGAAUUGUGGGCAUAAUGAGAAAGGUCUCCUGCAGGGGGACUAUGGCCCUCCCUCCUGACCUCUCUAUAGCUGGUCUUUGGCACUUAAGACAAACAGUUUAAUUAAUUAGAAAGGACUUUAGUUGGGCUUCUCUGGUGGCUCAGAGAGUAAAGAAUCUGCCUGCAAUGUGGGAGACCAGGGUUUGAUCGCUGGGUCAAGAAGAUUCCCUGGAGAAAGGAAUGGCUACCCACUCCAGUAUUCUUGGCUGGAGAAUUCUAUGGAAAGAACAGCCUGAUGGGCUACAGUCCAUGAGGUCACAAAGAGUUGGAAACAACUCAGCAACUAACACUUUUAGUAGAGGCACUGUAGACCAAAUUUUCAUUGAAUUCUCCAGGUAGGAAUACUGGAGUGG